UCCUCGGUGCGCAGCUACAGCAUGAUGCGUUUCGAGAAGGAGGUGCAACAGAAGGAGAUCAGACAGGAGAUGAAACUGCGCCUGGCCCGACUCCAGCAGCAGCAGCAUCUCACACAAAACAAGCCGCAGAUUAUAAUUGGAGAGGCGCUGCUGCAGCAUGGAGCGCUCAGUCGUGUUACAAUGGCCACGCCCAGUCCGCUGACGCCCAACUCGCUGGACGAGCUGCUGCCAUCGCUAGAUGAGAACCAGGAGUAUCCACCCAAGCUGGAGAGCACCUACAAGCAGCUGGUGCAGCCGGCAGCCGCAGCAGCAACAACAACAGGCCCUGGCACAGGCAUCCGUUCCGGUUCCGGAUCCGGUUCCGGUUCCGUUUCUGGCUCCAGUUCCGGCCGCAUAAACGGCUAUAACGGCCCCUGCAGCUCAUCGACUGAAGCGCUCUAAAAA